UUAUGAUCUACCAUGUCUUGACAAGUUACGUCUGCUAAUACAAUUCAAAAGGUUCAGCUGAUUUUCCAAAGCCAUGAUGGAUGCAGAAGAAGUCUUGAAGCUCUUCGAUUCAUGCUGGUUUGGCAUUCAAUAUUUGAAGGAAUACACAAGCUUCUCAGCACCGACAAGUUCUCAUGAAAAUUCAGAUCAUCAAAUAAAAGAACCAUCAGAACCAAUGCUAUUGCGCAUCCAAAGCAGUCAUAGCAGGUCCAUGAGCGACCACUUGAGCUCCAUGACAUGCUUCAAGGAUGAUUCUCUAUCUCCAGACUCAGUUUUCUCACCAAAGCUUCACACCAUACUCUCAGGAAAAGAUGUCAUAGACACGGAAGCACAGGUGCAGCAUGAAGUGUUGCCUAAGAAGAACAUCACAAGGAGGGAAAGGAAAAAGAAAAGGCAAAGCAAGAGUUUAUCAGACCUUGAAUUUGAGGAGCUAAAAGGGUUCAUGGAUCUGGGUUUUGUUUUCUCCGAGGAAGAUAAGGACUCAAGCUUGGCUUCAAUCAUUCCUGGCUUGCAAAGGUUAGGGAAGAGUGAUGAGGAAGAAGAGGAUUCUGAUGAGUCUUCAGUUCAAAGACCGUACCUCUCUGAAGCAUGGAAGGUCCAAGAAAGGAGAAAGAAAGAGAACAACCCCUUGAUGAAUUGGAAGAUUCCUCCUCUCAACAACGAAAUUGACAUAAAAGAUAAUCUCAGAUGGUGGGCUCACACUGUUGCUUCCACUGUUAGAUGAUGAAUUUGUUAUUCAAGUUUUUUCCUGUAUUACAUAUUUUACUUGUAUCUUUGAAAUUUUAUUUAACUUUUUUGCUUGGCAGCUUUUUGACCCUUUUCAGUUUUUGCUGCUGAAUUUUCUGGAAUUUCACAUUGUAAUUUCGGACUAAAAGGAAGGGAAUGCCACUCGGCUUUCAA